AGAAUCAUGCGGCUGUUGAUUCUAAAUGUCCUUAUACUCAUAGAGAUAUGCAAAUCUCAGGAGACUGGUGGAAAUAGCAUAGAGUGUAAGUGCGAGUCAAGUGACGAAUGUUCGAUCACAGAAGGUCCAGGUUAUGGUUGCCAAAGUGAUGACGAAGUACAAUGUGACUGUUCAACAUGCACUUGUAGUAGAGGUUCAGAGGAAUAUUUAUACCAAAGCUCUAUUGAAGAAAACCUGCCAUUUACUGACACUGAAAUAGCAGAUCUAAAAGCAGUCAUAGGUGACAAGAAAGAUGCUAUCUUAGAUGAAAUAGUACCUGAUAUUUUGACACUUCUUCAAAGUUUUGGAGAAUUCAUGAACAUCAUCUAUGAAUGGGUGAUGGGUUUACCCGGAACAUGCACUGAUAUAAAUGAUAUUUAUAUAAAUGUACAGGAACUGAUAAAUGGUACUAAAGCAAUGCUGAAAAGACUCGAGGACUUUCGCAACAGCAAGACCAAUUGGGAAGAAGUACAUCUGCAGAAGUUAAACGACAAAUUACAUGAAUUGCGAAAAAUGGAGUUCCAAUUAGAUUUAGUACAAAGGAAGAUUGAAGCAGAAAUGGAAAAGUUCGAGUGCGUAACGGAUGGCGAUUGUCCAUCCAAUGCGGACUUGCCUGAACGUAUACACUGCAAGUCUGAUUGCAUGUGUCACGAAUGUAGAAAUAACACAGAUUGCAAACACCCAAAACCAAAAUGUAACGAAAACAGUGAUGACAUCAUGGUUUGUGGAGAUCCUCAUAUUAAACAGACGAUCCGAGGGACCGAUCGUAGAUUCUGCUAUGAUAUCUAUGGUGCUCCCGAUUCGACAUAUUUGUACCUCCAUGAUGAUGAUUUUGAUGUUCGUUCCACAUUGAUAAGUGUCGUUGCAAAUGAUGGAGAACUUGCAAAAUAUGUUGGGAGUAUUCGAAUAACCAAAGGACGUGUUGUAAUAAGAAUUGAUCCUUAUUAUGUCCGUGUUGAUGAUAAUGGAAAGGUGACGAGACAACAAUGGAAAUACGGUGAACUGAAAUUUGACAAUGGCCAUGAAAUGGUUGUAUUCGACAGUGAUACAACUUUGAAGGUGGUACUUGGUGAUGGGAAAUUUAUUGAUGUAUGGAGACACGAUAAUUUUAUGAGCUUUGAUAUAACGGAGCUGUCUGGCCUAUCGAACUCUGCUACUGGCAUAAUGGGUUCUAUCGGAGUGAAUGCUGUGUUCAAACCAAAUGACGGAGAUAAUGAGACUGGGACGCUUGACUGGCAGGGGAGUUCUAUCCCUCUGAUCAAAGCAAAGUACUGCUGGAAAAUCGAACAGAAAUUCGAAGAUCAAUUCACAAAAUUACUUGAUACAUUCAAAGUCGACAAAUCUGUAAACGAUGCUUUUCAUGCUGUUGCUGAUGAACAACAUAGAAGUUAA